AUGCCCAGCCUUCCCCUGCUGCUGCUGCUGCUCUGGGGCGUGGGGGUUCACGUCUUCACAGCGCCUGCUGAAACACGAGAGCGAGAUGCCACGAUGGCCCAGAAAUACCUACAAAAGUACAACAACUUGAAGACUGGAACCAACAAAUCUGGAAGGCAGAGAAACAGCGGUUUAGUGGUUGAGAAGCUGAAGCAAACGCAGAAAUUCUUUGGGCUGAAGGUGACUGGGCGACCAGAUGCUGAGACCCUGCACGUGAUGCACCAGGGCUGGUGUGGGGUGCCCGACGUGGCUCCCUAUGUCCUCACUGAGGGGAACCCUCAAUGGGAAAACACACACCUGACCUACAGGAUUGAAAAUUACACACCAGACCUGCCAAGAGCAGAGGUGGACUGUGCCAUUGACAAAGGUUUUCAACUCUGGAGUAAUGCCUCCAUCCUGACCUUCACCAAGCUCUCUGAGGGUCAGGCAGACAUAAUGUUAUCCUUUGGGGAGCUAAAUCAUGGCGAUAAGUCCGACUUUGGCAGAAUCAGAAGCCUGCUUGCUCAUGUGUUCCUGCCAGGAAGGGGCAUGGGAGGAGGUGUUCAUUUUGAUGAGGAAAAAACAUGGACCGAUGACUUCAGAAACUACAACUUGUAUUAUGUGGCAGCAUAUGAGUUGGGCCAUUCCCUUGGACUACUCCAUAGUGAUGACAUUGGCUCUUUGAUGUUCCCCAGAUACAUCUACUAUGGUGAUGCCCUGCUGUCUCCGAAGGACAUCGAUGCCAUCCAGGCCAUCUAUGGACCUUCCAAAAAUCCCAUCCAGCCAAAAGAACCGCCAAUCCCACGAGCCUGUGAUAGCAAGUUAACAUUUAAUGCUGUCACCAAAAUUCGUGGAGAAUCAUUCUUCUUUAAAAACAUGUUCUUCCUACGCACAGGUGUCUUCUACGAAACAGUGGAUCCCGAUGUCAUUUCUGACUUAGGUAACGGAGUAGACACUGCUUAUGAAGUUGCUAGAAGAGAUGAAGUUUUAUUUGUUAAAGGUGGUAAAUACUGGGCCAUCAAGGGGCACCGGGCACUGUAUGGCUAUCCCAGGGACAUCUACAGCUCCUUCGGCUUCCCCCAAAGGGUGAAGAAAAUCGAUGCUGCCGUUCACGAGGAGGAGACUGGGAUGACGUACUUCUUUGUUGCCAGCGAGUAUUGGCGGCAAAGACAGGCAGAUCACUCAGCGGAAGGAGUUGCCUUUUUAAAAAUCAUUCUCAAACCCUGCAGAACCUCCAUCCUCCCUUGGUGAAUGGACGCAGCUAGACCAAGAGUCACUCGGAAGCCUCUCUGUUAUCGUCACGCCAUGUCUGUCCUUGCGAGGCAAGGGACCUGUAGGAUGGAGUUGAAAAGGACAAUAGAAAGUGGGAACAGAAAGGAACCUUCUUUCCCACGGUAGUUCUCCUUGAUAGGGCAGACAAUGGAGUCUGAGAUAAAGUUUGAAUCAGAUUUUAGGGUUGAUGCUGCUCUAGUCUGUUCCAGUCUCCCAUAACCCUAUUGAACUGGGACCCUUGCCAGUUGAAACCUAUUAUUUCCAUGCUGGCAAUGCACCCACUCACAACUGUUUACAGCGGUGGUUUUCUACAAAAUGAAAAUGAAGGCAGCCCUCACCUCUCAGAUUUAUUCUGAAGAGUUAAGGAAGCAGUAUACUUAAACCACUCAGAACAGUGACUUGAUACUUAAUGCUGAAUAUUACUUAUUGUUAUUAAUCACACAUUCUGAAAUUUCUAAUAUUUUUUUUUUACCGGGUAUGAUGA